AUGGCCAGUGUCGUAGCUAAGGUGCGUGUUCAUGAGUGGUUGAGGGGACUGGGAGGGGAAGAUGUACCAGUCCAAUGCUAUGGAUGUAUGGCUUAUUACCUAACACGCCAUUCAGGCAAGAAUCUUUCCGAUUGCGCUACUUUCGGUUGUAUAACGAAAUGUAAAGGCAAGGAGUUGAAAUGUGGAUGUAAGUGUUGUAAAGAGAAAUGUAGAGAGCCUGACGCCUGCAAGCCCAUUCCUCCUCCCCCUCCACCGCCUCCCCCUGCUCUACCCGAUGCUCAGCAUCUUAGGGCCACCGAAGAGCAAUCGUCCGAUCUCCAAGAUCACACCGAAGAUAGCAAUCUUCCACCUUCCCCCCCGUCCCCCCAAGCCAUCGCCGCCGUCAUCGUUGCCAUCAUCGUCGCCAUCAUCCUGCUCGACCUGUGCAUCUUCCGCUUCCCGGUGGGCCGCAACAUCCGCGAUUUCCUCGUCCGCAAGAUACCCUUCUGCAUCGCGUUCUACAGCUGA